GUCAAAACCACCCUUCUUUGAAUGUAGACUGCUAACAAUGUCUGGCCAGCAUUGCAGAUGCUGGCCAAAUGCCGGUGUGGCUUGCGAACGUGCGGCGCACUCCUGCUUCUUUUUGGGAUUAUCGGCACCAUUGUCGGUAUGGUCAACGUUUUUGCGACGGAGACAGGUGACUCUGCUGUGCUGGGUGUCAAGGCACAGGCACUCUCCAAGGAGGCCGAUCAUAUUGCAUUCGCCAAGGAUAUGCAUAUCCCUCACAGAGCCUGUUUGGCUUUGAUUGGGACGCAGAACCAUCUUGAGGAAAUUACCAUGCGAGUCCAACAUUUGAACAAAAUGCAGAAUUUCAAGUUCGAUCAUCGAUAUUUGGUCUUUGACACACGAGGUGUCCAAGUCUCACCUCAAAUGCAGUCUAUUGCUGAUGAGCUGGUGCGAGAGAACUCUGUUGAUACUUGGACGACUGUGGACUAUUCACCAAGCUACAAACUCAGUGUCAACCGAACGGCAGAGUGGAAUGACAGCAUCGCAACGCGACAGUCUUCUGGUCACGGAGUUUCUUUCGACGAUGCGCAGACAGACGAUGUACAGCUGGCUUUCUAUUUUGCAAUCGACAAAUGUGCUGCACACGGUUCUCCUUAUGUCGCAAUCUUCCAGUUGGAUCAGAUCCUGUAUUCUGCUCCGAAUGUUUCCUGGGUGGAGGAUGCAAUUGAUGUGCUUGAAAGAAAUCAAGAUCUUGUUUUGGUGAGUCCGGCUUUCCCUGGGUUUGAAUCUCGCAAACUUCGGCAGCGGCCCACCACCAGGCCUAUUGCAAAGGCGAACUCUGGCCAAUUGUAUGGUUCUGUGGAAGCGGAGGACACAACGUGCCAGCAUCCCUAUACGUUGCCAGGCCGAGCUAUCUUGCUGAGUACUAAACGCUACCGCAAGCUGCCUCCACGCAAUAGUGUGAAGGAGCACCGGUGUGGUGGGCAGCUAGUUCGAGGCAAGCCAUGCAGAUCGAUUCCGUAUGUGAGGUCUUGUGGUGGCAUGAGAACGUGGGAGGCUGCGCUGGAAUGUGUUAUUUGCAAUGGCGAGCGUUUGCAACAGGCAAGUCUGAUGUUGUGCACCGAUCCUGUGGCCCACGGAAGACUUGAGAACAGUCAGGGCAGCUUGAAGGACUGGCAUCGUGCCUGGUCUCAACAUGCGCCCUUGACAAGUGUAAGGCAUGAUCUUUCGAAAUUGAGAGCUGAUAUCGCCAGCAUUGAACGUGGCCAAUAUCCAGCAAUGAUGGGGCCGGAAUACCACGGCGUGUCCGACUUCUUAAUACUGGCUGGGUAGAAAAGCAGCGGUGCUUGUUCCAACAGCAUAUUUUUACUGUAUGUAUUUAAGCUCAUGCCAAAGUCGUCAAAUGACUAGUCGUCCUUGAUUGACAAGGUGUCACGAGGCUUUUGGGUUGUGUAAGCUGGUCGUUGGAUGGACACAGACAAACUGAGCAGUAUUUUCAUAAGGUCUCGCUUCACAGCGAGUGGUGAAACCUGAA